AUGAGCCCUCGGCCUCUGUCCCAGUUUGCCGUUCAGUUCCUGAAUGCGGUCGGUGAUCUGCUGGAUCUGAUCCCGGCGCUGGUUACCAGCGGGAAGCCUGGCUUUAGUCAGUAUAAAGCUCCUCCGAUGGGCCACUGCUCUGCACUCAUAAAGAUGUUGCCUGGCUUUGAGAACCUGAUGUUUGCUCACUCCAGCUGGUACACGUACGCCGCCACCAUGCGCAUCUACAAACACUGGGACUUCAGACUGAACGAACCGCAUACGGCCACCGGAAAACUCUCCUUCAGCAGCUACCCUGGGUUUCUGGUGUCUCUGGAUGAUUUCUAUCUGCUGGGCAGCGGUUUAAUGAUGACUCAGACCACCAAUAACGUCUUCAACACCUCGCUGUACUCCUACAUCACUCCUGCCAGUCUGUUCUCCUGGCAGAGGGUUCGACUGGCACACGCACUGGCAAGCACUGGAGAGCAGUGGGCCAAAACCUUCUCCAGAUACAACUCUGGGACGUAUAAUAACCAGUACAUGGUUGUGGAUGUGAGUAAAGUGAAUCUGGGCAGCAGUCUGGAGGACGGAGCGCUGACUGUGGUGGAGCAGAUCCCGGGACUGGUGGAGUAUUCAGACCAGACGCAGACGCUGCGCAGAGGUUACUGGCCGUCCUACAAUGUGCCCUUCCACCGUAAGAUCUACGAUCUGAGCGGAUACGAGCAGAUGUGGAAGGAGCAUGGCGAGGAUUUCUCCUACGACCUUUGCCCUCGCGCCAAGAUCUUCCGCCGCGACCAGUCGUCUGUCCGAGACCUGAACUCCCUCAAACACAUCAUGAGAUACAACGAUUAUAAGAGCGACCCGUACUCGCAGGGCGACCCGUGUAAGUCCAUCUGCUGUCGCAACGAUCUGUGGGAGCAUCAAGCCAGUCCCGGAGGAUGUUAUGACACCAAGGUGACGGAUCUGCACAUGGCUCAGGAGUUCGUGGCGGAGGCGGUAAACGGCCCGACCACAGACGGAGGGCUUCCCGUCUUCUCCUGGGGGCCGUUCAACAGCACGUCCCAUCAGGGUCUUCCUCCGAAAUACAACUUCAGCUUCGUCCAGAUGCAGCCGCAGCUCUUCCACCCCUGAGGAUCAUGGGAUUUCACAUCUGGCCUGCUUUUGAACUGAUCCUCUGUUCGCCGUCUGACGCUAAAACCAAUCUGAACCUUUGAGUCUGUCGAAUCGCUGUUUACUUUGAGCCAUGAAAUCCACACUAAACUCUACAGCUGCCAUUUGACAAUCAGUCCAGCACUGUUUACAUCUCUCUUGAUUGAUAGAUUGAGUAAAUCGUAUUGCUUUAAUGCUCGUUUCCACUACACAAGAUAAAAAAAAACAACAACAUGCCUUGGUAAAUCAUAAUUGAUGCAAAUAAUAAAUGACAUCAAAACUUGAAAUUAUGAUAUACAACUUAUGAUAUAAGCUGAACUUGAGAUACUAAGUCAUAUUUAUGAGAAAAAGUCUAACGUACAACAUGCUAAAUCAUAAUUGUGAGGUAAAAAGGCUAAAUUAUGACACAUUAUAGGUCGAAAUUGACAUAAAUGACUUUUUGUCAAUGUUGACUUUUCGUCUCAAAUAUAACUUAUAAUUUCGACUUUUUAACUUCAUAAAUAUGACUUGCAUCUUUUUGUUUUUUCUCGACACUUCACCUUAUAAAUGUUACUUCAUAAUUUUGUCUUUUCAUCUCAUGAAUGACUUCGAAUGUUAAGAUUUUGACUUCUGUAAUAAUUAUGAUUUACCAAAGCAUGACUUUUUUUGUCAUGUGGCAGAAAUGGGUUUCCAUAUCUUACCGCAACAUGCUUAAAGUGAGGACGUCAGCAUUGUUGUCAUUUUUUUUUUACAUCUAGUUAAAGAUCCAAAUAAACGACACGAACAGAAAAGCAAAGUUUAUAAUGUAAAUGUUGGGACGUUUCUUACAUUUUCAGAUCUCUCCUCUCAGGGAAGGUGACUCAGAAGUGCCUUGUCUUUUAUCUUCAGCUCUGAAUGUCUGUGAGCAUCUGUCGAUCAGGAUGUUUGUAAUCUGUGCCGCAUGUGAUUUUCUCUUUGAUUCAACCAAUGAAUGAAUGAACACAAGCUUCACUUCUCAGUCUUGAGUGUUUUUGCUGGACACAGGUUCACUAAUUCAGUCGGCUAUUCUGCACUUGUGCUCGACUGAAGCGUUUGAUCGGUACAAUUUUACUACAGUAAUGUUUGACCAAAGGAACCCAGAUAGCACAAAUAUCGAAGCUAAUCUCAAAAUCAAAUCAGAAUAUUUGUUGUAAAAAAAAUUCUGUAACAGCUGCCACAAACUCUACUGUGAUUUGUGAUAUAUUUAUAUUAUGUGAUUUGGUUGGGAAAGAAAAACUCUUAUAAUCUUAUAAUCCCACACUUCUGUCUUUUUCCCCCCCCCAGAAUUGACAAACUUGUAAUU